CUUGGGAUAUGGAACAGCCUAAGUUUUCUUGUGAGCCGCCGUGACGAGUCAGGAUUCCACCACAUACAGGCGCGCCUACUGCCGCCAAUCACCCGCUCAUGACUGUUAGCCAGGACGCGUGGACGAGUACUAUAACAGUAUGGCCCAUAACGCUGUUCAAAUCGGGCUCCGAGGUGAUGACCAUCGGCGGCUCCAACGUGAAGAGGGACGUUGGCGGCCUGAACCGCCGAGCCUUUGAGCACUUUUGGCCCGCUCCCACUACGACUGCCGCUUGACCCGUCGUCGUUUACAACGGCCCGGAUGACAGGAAAUCAACGACGAGCCUUAAGGCCCCCUUCCCGACGCAGCC